GCAGAAAUAAUACUUACAUACACAUACUAGAGCCUUUUUUUCCAAAAAAAAAAAAAAAUAGAGUUAAAAGGGUCAAAACACAAUUCAAGUAUGACUUUUUCUUUAGUUUUUUAUCUAAACUAUCACAUGCUAAAAUUUUAUAUCUAAGCUAUCACUAACUAGUUAGCAAAAAAUAUCUCAAUUAUCAAUUGUUCACUUUUAAAAUAGAAAAAGUGAACAAAUUGAUAAUUUAGAUGUAUUUUGCUAAAUAGUUUGAUAAUUUAACUAGGAAACUAAAAAAAUAUAGUUAUUUUUUUACCAUUAUUUCAAAAAUAUAUUUCUACAAUACAUAGCUGUUACUUCUACAUCAAGAUGUCCUUCAAACCAGCACUAGUGGCAGCCUUUUUUACUAUCUACUACUAUGAUCAUCAUAGACCCUGUGCCUCUUUCUCAACUAUUAUCAUUGUCCAUAAAAGUGGAUUUGUCUUCACAGUCCCAUCACAGGAUAUAGAAGAGUAAUUAUUACACCCUUUUUAGCUCUUAGUCUUAUUACUACUGUUCACUUUGUUAUGUUAUUAAAAUCUUGGAAAUUAAAUAUAGAAUCUUGUGGACACCCUGUUCUUAUUUAAUAUACACAUUAAAUGAAAACUUGAAAGUUUGCAUGAGGAUAUAAAUAAAAUUAAUAAAAUGAAGUAGUAGCAUUUAUCCUAUUGCUACCCUAUUUAUUCAUUAGUAUUGUGAUGUGUAUGUGUGAAUGAAUUGUUGUACUGAUACUUAUGUCUUCUUGGUGGUUGUUACUUGGCAUUAGUUGUUGCCUUGUUGGGGUCCUGUUUUUCCUGCCUCUUUCUUUGGACCCUCUAAUUAUCCCAAGCGUCAGUAAAAACUCAGUACAGUAAUUAUUUCUCUUCAUCUGUCUACUUCACCUUCUUCCUUAACUCUCCCCUUCAAUUUUAUUUUAUUUUUACUUGUGUUUUUACUCCUUGGCCCGCCUCUUCCACUAAGGCCCCAGUUUGUGUGUAUACAUUUGUGAAAAUAAGAAGUAAAAAAAAAAAAGAGCUUCAUUUGUUAUUUGUGUCAGCAAGACUAUAACCACUAUUGUACUACCAAAGUCUGCCACUUUCAAUAUUAUUAGUCUGUGUACGUCCUUUGUUGUUUGCCCAUUUGCAAGGUCAUUUUGUUUUCAAGAUUCUUGGUUGGGUGAUUGGAGAAGUACUUUUAUAUGUAGAAACAGGACCACCAAGAGUGGGGUGAUUUUGGUGGUGAAUUUGAUAUACUGUUGUUGGUGAAAGUGAAAAAAGGAAAAUAAUGGUAGGGGCUGGUUCUGGAGGAACUGGUUCAGUGCCAUCUUUGCCACCACCUCGUCCAAAAUCACCACCUCAGUAUCCAGAUUUGUAUGGCAAACGUAGAGAAUUGGCUAAAGUUCAGAUGCUUGAAAGAGAAAUUGGCUUUCUUGAGGAAGAACUGAAAUCCAUUGACGGCCUUCAACCUGCUUCUCGGUCCUGUAAAGAAGUGACAGAAUUUGUAUCGGACCAUUCAGAUCCUCUUAUACCAACAAUAAAGAAGAGUUAUAGAAGCUGUUGUUUCUGGAAACGGCUCUGUGGCUCAUCAUGUUUCAAUCUCUCGUGGAUUUGUUGCUGGUGCCGAUGUCCUCGUAUAAAGAUGCCGGACUGCUGUAACUGCAAUAUAUGUAACUGCUGCCCAUCUAUCAGUUGCUCAAUACCUAAGUGUCAAUGUUUCUCGUGUCCACGGUCUAAAUGCUGCUGCAGCAAGCCUGUUUGCAAAUGGAGUUGCUGUAGCUUAAAGUGUCCUUCCUGCUUUAGCUGCCCCUCUUGUAGCCCAUGUACAUGUUCUUAUCCUAGGUGUCCAAAGUUAAAUUGUAGUUCCUGUUGUAAAAAUUGCUUGCGCUGCUUCUGCCCGUGCUACUUCUGUUAGUAGUCAGUACUAUUAAAUCAAUGCAAUAAUUCCUAUAAGAAAGCUUGCUUCUAUAAAAUUGUGAAUAUUUUUGUCUGAAUAGCAUUUGGAUU